AUGGAUUUCGAUCACUUCCUCGAUCUUUGCGGAAGAUCACCCUUUGCUGAAGAAUAUCGAGGAGAUUUAGAUGCAGUAUGGGGCUUACUCCAGAAAGAGCAGCCCAAGGCGGAUGCGGAGCCGGGUGCUCGCGCAGAGUAUCUGCGGUGUUCCUCAAUCUACUCGAUCUUGAUCGGCAGGUUCGGAGAUGCUUAUAACAGCCUCGAUGAAUUACAGGGAAUUUUGGAUCAAGUGUCUCCUGAAUGGGGUCUGCGAUUUACGAAUUACUCCCUACUCGCCGACUAUACUCGCCGGUACCCUCCAUCCCUGCACUUCUAUCACGAACGAGGUCGGCCAGUGAAUGUUGCAAUGUUGAGCGAUAUUGUCGGCCCCUUUGAUAUCAUGCAAAGGAUGCUGGCCAAUGUUAAUAAAUACAUGGCCCAGGGGGUGAUUCGUGACCAAGGUUUCUGUCAGAUUCUGGGUGCUGCGUCCGGGUUUCCUUUGCUGCUUCGGAACGCAAUAAGUCUCUACCAUCCGUUGUCGCCUGGUAACGGGAUAAAUGCAAACACCAAGGACCCUGCGGCAGUAUUGGAAGCUUUAUCAAAAUUUUCAGCUUCAUUGAUGAAAUAUCGCGACUUGUCAGAGAAUAAUGGAGCAAAAGGGAUCGCGAUCUAUUUGGGCGAGUUGAUUCUUGAACUCCAUUUAGCAUGUCAAAGUCCUGCCUCCGCGGAUAUUAUGAAGGAGAUGUAUCAGAAGUGUGAUAGCAUCAGCGACUAUGCUGGUCUAGCCAGAUUAAAGAUGAUGGAAGGGGAUAGUCUUGUGGGUCCGGGAUUUACCAGCCCUCUCUCGUUGAAUAUCAUCAUUGCGGAUUCGUUUUCAGGUACUGCUGAUGACUCAAUAUGGGAUCCUAUUGAAUUUGACCUCAAAGUCACCUACUCCUCCAAAGCCCGAGAUUGUUACGAUGCUGCACUGAAACUUUUUCAAACGUCCGGCUCGAAACGUGGACAGGCAGCGGUUCUACUUCGCCAGGCCUGCUGUUUACACAAUUCCGUACGCCAUGAGCGAAUUACAAAUCCACAGGACUUGGAUACACUAGCGGAAGCAGAGUUGAAGCUCAAAUGCUCUAUGGAGCUAUUCGGUCGAGACGAAACAAACAUACAGAUCGCCAGAGCCCAUCAAAUAUUGAUAGGUAUCACGAAGGGGAACCCCCGUGAAGCGAAGGAAACUGCAUCAGCCAUAGGCAGGUGGGGUGCUGAGGCCCGAAAUGAAAUAGUUGUCCACUUCAUCGCUGUUCUUUUUCUACGAUUUGCACAUCAAGAAUGGUUCAAGUUUUCCAACAUGGAUACUGCGCUACUAGGAUGGGAAUGCGCAUACGAAGUAGCGAAGCCCAUUGGAGAUGUCAUUCCGCUAUUCCAGUCAGUGGUUUCUCGUGCUUCGGUCCACCACGAAAUGUUCAACUCAGAUGCAUGCCGGAUUUUCAUCGAAGAGGCACUUGGCAUGCUCGAUGAAGUGAUAGAAUAUCUUGACUCGAAAAUCGAAAGUAGCGGCGAUGACCAGCUAGGAAAAACAGACAAGUCGACGCUGCUGACUAGCAAGUCAAAUCUGCUUUGGACUUUUAGCCACAAGGUUAACAGUAUCUAUCUGCGACUAGAGGAUCUGCAGCGAUUCCACGAUUUUCAAACAAAACUCGCCUUUUGGAUCGAAAAUGAUCCUUGUUUUCACCAUUUUCGAGAACAGUUACAAGGAGAGGACAGGACAUGGGCCUUCGACCCUGCAAUUACCUAUCCGCCUAGCAAAAUAAAAAGAAUAUGGAAGAAGGCUCUUGCUGAUGAUGCUGCAAAGAUGGCAUAUGGGUCAGCAGAAAUUUCGUACCGCCGUCUGCUAGAAGAAGGUGAUGUUGCCAAGGCUGAAGCUUGUUUCAACCAAUUUAUCGAGCAAGCAGAGAACAAGCUUGAGCGUCUCUGGACUAGAGACUUGUAUCGGAUACUAGCCUGCGAGCGAGUUGGCGAUGCAACUAAGGCGCGCGAGAUUUUAGACUCCAUGACGGAUAAUGAGCUAUUUGAUGGAAAUAUCGAUGAUUUCCAGCAAGGUUAUGGUGUUAGAGGGUCUUUUUCUACGGUGGCGGAAAAUGCGCUGUCGUUCUGUGUGUUUGGGUGCGACUUGGACAGAGGUCAUCGAGUCAUCGAUAUUAUUUGCAAGAUAUCUCCGACAUUCUUCGAACAACAGAGUGAAAGCGCACUGGACUUUUCGUUCCGACUUGGCUUUUUCGGUGCUGUGAUGAGGGAUAGACGACCGCUGGCAGAACUCGCGUUCUCUAAGCUACUCGAAGCGCGAAAUAUCAUCGAUAGACGAAGACUCCAGACGACUGACUUGGAUGCGAAGAUUGGAAGCUCCAUGGCUGCAUGGACAACCGAAGUCUAUUUGAAUCUCGCGCGGAUCUGUCUUAGUUGGAACGAUUCAAAGACUCCCAUUGAGCUUGCCUCCAAAUAUGACCAUGGCCAUUUCGAAGAUAUCUCUUGGAAGGAACAUGCUCUUCUGUUUGUCGAGAUGAGUAGAGCACGGGCAGUGCUUGAGUCCCUACAGUCCCAGGCAAAAGAAGCGCAAAGAGUCUCUGGUGCGCCAAAAGUGGCACCUCUUACUGCUGCAGUUCAUAAAAGGCGACUACUGCGAUCCCUAAGCUCCCUGAGGAGUCUGACUCCCGAGCAAGAGAAGGAAAUAACUGAUCUUAGGGAGGAAAUCAAAACUCUUGAACAGGAUGGCAAUUUGUCAUCUGCCACGACAUUCAUUGAGACGGUCAACUCUAUCAUUCAGCCUCAACAGCUUUAUAAAAGCAUCGAUGAUAAUGCGGUGGUCAUAGAAGCUACUUUUGGGCCUCGUGGGCUGGUUGCAUUUGCAAUCACCAGGGAGGGCAUUCAACAAGCGAUCCAAGGACCGACUCGAAAUUUUGAUAUACGUCGACCCGUCAUGCUCUCUAUGAAGAUUCUACGAGAAAUGACAGGUUACGCAGGAGAAGAGGAAGAGAAUCGCAAGAGAAAGAUAAAAGAACUGACCAAAGGCAUUUCGGACAUCUUGCUGUCACCUUUUACGGAGACUAUUCGAUCAAAGUCCCAUGUCAUUUUCUCCUUGUCGGAUCCACUCACUGCAUUCCCAUUUUCGAUCCUGCCCUUCGAUGGGAAGCCCUUGAUCAUGCACGCGGCUGUUUCACAGGUGCCUAGCCUCACGGUCUUGUAUUACCUGUCCCAGCGCGAAUCUGAAUCGGUAGCACCAUCUGUUUCUGUUCUAGCUAAGUCACCGCAGGAGACCGACGAACCAUUGGGUGCGACAAGAGGUGGCACAGAAGUCAAUUUACACAUGGCGGGCAUUGAAGCCGUUAACAUUGCGCGUAUGUUUGCUACGUGGCCCAUCGAAGCGUCCCAUCUCUCGAGAAAGGAUUUCCAAAAGUACGUGGAGGGUGGAUCUCGAAUCAUGCAUGUUGGGACCCACGGAGACAUCAACUACCGUAAUCCGUUGCUUUCGUCCAUAUCCAUCGGACAUGGCCAGGAUUUCCGCGUCGUCGAUAUGUCUGCUACUCGAAGCAGGGUCAAUCUUCUUGUUUUUGCGGCGUGUUUAAGUGGAUUUGGAAAGGCGACUAUCGGUAGUGAAGUUUUAGGGUUCUCCCAUGUCGUUUUAAGUACGGGCUGCCAGGCCUACAUGGGAUCAUUGUGGAAAGUGAGCGAUUUCGGCUCUAUGUUUUUGAUGACGCUGUUUUAUCGACGGCUGAAGAGUCAUCCGGAGCUCACGGUGGGGGAGUUAGUUAGACAGGCACAGCUGGACCUCUUUAGCAUGGAUGGAGAUAGGGCCAGUGUGUUGCUUGAUGAAAUGGUAGAACCGUGGGAAACACAGGAGCAAGGAGGAUCUGAGAGUGCAGCCGAGUUUGUGCCAGAUGCCGAAUUUCUUGUUCUGACUUUGAGGAUGAUUCUGAGUCAGUUAGACUGGACUAGUCCAUUCUAUUGGGCACCUUUCACUCUGGUGGGAUAUGGAGGUUUCCGAUUUAUGGGCCAAGACUAG